CAAGUUGAGACCUGAAACAUGGGCAAAACGAGUUUGGAAUAUGGUGAGGAAUGAUGGUACUUCUUAUGAGAAGAAGUUUCUAUCUCCUCGUGAUAAAAGAGAUAUUUAUGAUCCAUAUGUAUGGUAUAUUGAUCGAAAAAUUCUAGCUAAAGAUUUAUCUGAAUCUUUUCUGAAUAAUUUAUAUGAUGGUCAUAUUCCACGUGAGUGGGCAGAAAAGAAGAGUGAUCAGUUACAUAAUCAAUUAGAGUUCCUUUUAACCAGAGAACCCCUUGAUAUCGUCAGAAUUUCUACGGCAUUAUUUGUACGAGUAGAGGAAGGUGAAUGGACAGGCAAUCUCGAAAAGGAGGUGGAGAACUUUGAAAAUAUUUUGCAAAAAGUUUUAGAACGAGUUCCCUCGGAGGAUGUUGAACGAAAAAAAAAGCUUUGA